CACCUGUAGCGGGCAGCGUGGAGGACGAACUGCGGGACCAGAGCACCGUUAUCCAGGCAGCUCCAGCCUCAAUCACCGCUCUCUGAAGUCAUGCUUUUCACCUAUCUGCCUGUCGUCUUUCUCCUGGGAACUGCGGCCAGAGGAAUAUCCGCAACCACCUACGGGACCACCACUACGAGCCAAGAUUCAACCAACGCAACUGUUACAUUUUUACCCGCCUCCACUACACCGCUGAGGGGAGACACUACCUUUCUCGCCACGACCAAGAGGACUACCCAAACUUCUGACAACUCAACCACAAUCGGUCAAGAUGCAACCUCCACAACUGCCAAUAAUUCUAGUCCAGAGACAAGCCAGACCACCUUAAAUAAUGGGAAUUCAAGUACGAUUGUUACGACAGGUCAAAGUACAACACAGCUGACCACAAACAAUGACAAAACCACCAAUGGAACACAUACUACUACUACUGCUACUACUACUACUACUACUACUACUACUAAUACUACUUCUGAAUCACCCAGCACUCAAUCCGCAACAGUUACACAGCCAGAAAAUGCUACCACUACAGUAGACAGAAAUGCAACUGUAACUACAGCUUCUAUGGCAGCGACUACGGAAGUAACAAAUAGUACUUCUACCACUGCUACUACUACUCAUAGUUCAACUUCAAAUGCCACUACACCACAAAAUCACACUGCGUUGAGUACUCCAGUUACAAAUUCAAGUGCUAUGACAGAGUUGACUACUGUUAUGGCCACUAGCACUGCCAUUGGAAAUCACUCAACAACACAUUUUACUACUAUUAGCACACAAAGUACAAGCGAAAGUAAUGUUACUACUAUUACUACUACCGUUACUUCAGGCCCAAAUAAUACUGCACAUACUACAUUGAUGGGAACUAUGCCAAAUACUGCAAAUCAGACAACCACUCAGUCUCACAAUUUCACCACAAUGAGUACACAUAGUACAAGCCCUGACAAUAAUAUUACUACUACUAUUACUGCAGGACCAACACACAGUACUACAACCUCAAGCACUGCAAAUCAGACAAUUUCGGUCACACAGCCUCAUAACUUUACUACAUUGAGUACACAAACAAGCCCAGGUAACAUUACUACUACUGUUACUACAACCCCCAACAUUACUGAACAUACUACUUUAAUGGGAACAACGCCAAAUACUUCAAAUUUGACAACUACGAUCACCCUUCCAAGUCCUGGAAAUAAUACAGCUACUUCAAAUAAUACACAAGCAACUACUACUACUUCCAUAGCUCCCAGUACUACCACUGGAAAUCACUCAACAACGGAAUUUACUACAUUCAGUUCUCAUAGUACUAGUAAUGGCAAUAUCACAACCUCAACUACCCCAAAUACAUCAAAUCACACAACCACUGGGAAUGUUUCUACAAUUACUACACAAAGUACAAGCCCAAGUAAUUAUACUACUACAAUUACUACAAGCCAUUCUGAAAGUACGUCUAUGGCACUAACUACUACUCCUCUAAACCAGUCCACCACAUCUGUCACCCAACCGAACAAUGUUACCACUACCACUACUACUAACACUAAUACUACUACUACUGCUUCACUGAUCACAACUGCAACUACGGGAAAUCACACUACUUUGGCAGUCAGUACACCAACUAACUCAGGAAAUAGUACUACAACUAUAGGUAAUACCACAGCUUCACCAACUACAAGCCUCAAUGCUACAACUACAAGUCCGACAACUGCAGUACCUAGCACUGUCCUUACAACUACUUCAAAUGGAUCCACACCCUCUCCACCCACUACUACCAAUACUAAUACCACUACUACUACUGCUACCACUACUACUACCAAUACAACUACCACCCUUUCUCCAGUCAUUACUACUAAUACUACUACCAAUGCUACUACUACUACCCCUUCUCCAGUGUCUACUACUACUUCAAAUACUACUACUACUACCCCUUCUCCAGUGUCUACUACUACUUCAAAUACUACUACUACUACUACCCCUUCUCCAGUGUCUGCUACUACUUCAAAUACUACUACUACUACUACUACCCCUUCUCCAGUGUCUACUACUACUUCAAAUACUACUACUAUUGCUACUACCCCUUCUCCAGUGUCUACUACUACUUCAAAUACUACUACUACUGCUACUACCCCUUCUCCAGUGCCUACUACUACUUCAAAUACUACUACUACUACCCCUUCUCCAGUGUCUACUACUACUUCAAAUACUACUACUACUACUACCCCUUCUCCAGUGUCUACUACUACUUCAAAUACUACUACUACUACUACUACCCCUUCUCCAGUGCUUACUACUACUUCAAAUACUACUACUACUACUACUACCCCUUCUUCAGUCACCACCCCAGGCAAUAGCACCAUAAACCCUACCGGAAGUACCACCAACCCUAGUCCCUCAGCAACAACCUCUGGAGUGGCCUCCAGUACUGUAGUAACCACUAAUUCAACAUCAACACGCACGACUAUUACCCCGGCAACAGAGACCACUGUGACUACUGGUACAACCACCCAGUCAACUACAGGGGGCAGCACCGGCACCACUGCAGCUCCAGCUAUAUUUUGUCCGGGGAAGCCGUGCCCAGCUGAAAGUGUCUGUCUCAAUGGCACCUGUGCCUGUAUCUCUGGCAGAUACUUAAACAACGGGCAAUGUGUGAAAGCCCAAGUUGUCCCUGGGCUGCUCCGAGUCACCAAACUGACGUUUUCUAAUGAAAUGAGCAACAGGUCCUCAAAUGUUUUCCAAAGUACAGCAGGAGUGAUUUCUGAUGAGCUUUUCAAGAUUCUCAAAGGCCAGAAGGGUUACAUUAGGUCAGACGUUAUUAAGCUCACGCCGGGAAGUGUCGUAGCAACUGUGGACAACAUCUAUGAGGACACCACUGUUACUGCAGCUGAUGUCCAGAAGGCCAUAGACCAAGCUAUAAACUCAUCAAACACUGGACUUCUGGUUGCAGCAACGUACAAUGCUGGAGACCUGUGCCAGCCGGGCGUCCUCGUUCCCUGUGAUCUCUCCACCACCUCCUGCGGUGUUGUGAAUGACCAGCCCCAAUGCACCUGCUUACGCGGCUACGUCACCCUCAACCAGCUCUACUCCAGCAACACCAGCUGCAAAGCCUGUCCCAGUGGUCAAAGGGCAGUUGAUGACACGUGUAAACCAUGCCCCUUCGGUUAUGCUGGCUUCAACUGCAAUGACUCUUCACUCUUGGCAGUGGUGGUGAUCUCCUGUGUGUUAGGAGGGGUCCUGCUCUUAUUGAUCCUGGCUCUGCUGGCGUACUGCUGCUGGAAAUGCUGCUGUUCUUCUAAGAGCGUACCCCACUUUGAAAGUCCGUACUCAGUCAGCAACACAAACCAGCCCUGGCCCACAGACAUCACCCCCAUCCCCAGAGCCACCACCCACUGGGAGCCCGGGCCUUCCAUAGAGCUGACAGAAGGGACCAGCACGAGAACCCUGGUAGAGAAAAACAACCAAACCAACGGUCUGCUAAACCCCAAAGGAUGGAGAAAGACGGGUUCCUACGAUCUUGAGUCUGGAGAUAUGAAGACUUUUAAAGGCAAAAAUACUUCACGGUACUCGUAUCUAGUCCAAGGACACGCAAACCCGUACUUUCUACCAGGAGAUGAGUCUAAAAAGUAAACUUACAUGGAUUGUAUCAUAAGACCUGCCAAUCAAAAAGGAUCACUAUGAACUUAUAGCCUCAUCUUCCUCGCAAGAUUUAUUUUUUUUAUUUAUUACACAUUUUAUGUUUAAAAAUAAGAAAUUUGCAUAUGGACUUUGAGCUGACAUCUUAUACCAGAGAGAUUAAUUUAUGCUAUAUUGUUACUGUACAUUGAUCAAAUAUAACAAUAUGAAUUUUCCCUGAAUUGUGGCCAUGUAGUUGAAGUUAUCGGGAAUAUUCCACAUUAUGGCAUUAAACUGGUUUAUUUUGCUUAGUUUUAAUUACUUGUAAUUACUUGUGUUUUAUUGUUCAAAAAUACAGUGAAAAAAUAUAGGCUUGUUGUGAUUGGAGUAACUCAUAACUUGUACUGGGGGGCAUCACUUGCUUGUUUCCAUGGCUAUAUAAGUUUAAUACCGUCCUACUGACGAACAUUCCAGCCAGAUCUCCGUGGAGACAAGCACAUAGCAGACCAUCCACGAGAAAGGUUACAUAGUUCGCCUUUAAAAUGGAAUUGUUUGGUUUUGUCUCUUGUCUGCAUAGAAAACAAAACAACACCAAAAAAAUAAUAAUACAUAUAUAAACAAAUACUUAAAUACAUAGAAUUGUUCAUUAUAAUGGCUCUGUAGUGAAAAUUGUGUUUGUUUUAUAUUUAUAGAUGGGCUAUUUUGUGUCUUGGGUGGUCAUAUUGUUUUACUUGAUCUGUGUACAGUAAACAAGUCAUGUUUUUGCAAUUUAUGAUGUCUUUAGGCUGAAUGUUGCUGUUUUUACCACUAGAUGUCACUGUAGCUCACUCUGAUUUUCUAAUUAAGCUAGUCCUUUUUUAUACUACAAUCAUGAGAGUUUUUAAAUAGGUAUUUUUUAAAAUUAUUGCACUAAAGUGUGUCCAAAGUUUACUUCAUCACUGUCUAAAGCUCUCUCAAAUGCAAAGUGAAAAUUGUUGUUAUAGAGCUAUGAGUAUUUUCAUAAUUAUUUUUAUUGAAUGACUACAGGGGCUGGAUCCCUUGUUGGGGCUGUUAAAGGGAUUGAAGUGAAAUGUUACAGAAUUUCAAAAGAAGCCUACUGUGUGUCCACAUGUGCCAAUGAUACUUGUACAUUCAUUUUCUUUGUGUUUAUGCUCAUGAUGAAAUGUUUUUGUAAAUAAGAUUAAAUAACUAUGGAUAUGUGUGUGUCAAAUAAAAGCAAUAAAUGAAAACUAUAA